GUUUAUCAAUUCAAUCCAAAGAAUAUAUUUGGACGAGAAUAUAUCCGCAAUCUAUAUCUCAAAACUCUGGAUCCUUCUCUAAUUCAAAAUAUAUCAGCCUGGCAGCUUACGGUUGUCAAAUUAGAGUCCCAUUCGAACUAUCAUCACCGCCUUAAACACUAGUAGACUCCCAGUAGAAUUCUUCCAGCUGACAUGGGAUCUGGCUAAAUCAAUAAUUAUAAAUAGGGGGACCAUAUCAGCGUAUUUCUUCAAGAAGAUCUAUCAGGCAUCGGCACAUUAUAUUUCAAGAUUCAGUAGUUGCAUAAAGCAAGAAAUCACAUAAGUGCAAAAUGAUGUAUCUCAAAGAUGUGAGGCGUGGCAGCAAAAAAUAUCUCUCCAUAUCGAGCAAGAAGAAUGAUGAUGAGAUCCUUUUGGAGAUUUUUAAGCCCUUUGCUCGUGGUUUCUGGCCGACAACUAUCGUGUCAUAUCGUGUCAUGGACUGGACUCCUGAAUGUGAAUAUCAAGAUCAAAUAUUGCGGACUUUGGUAUCUGGCCUUCCCCAUAGACCUUCCUCUGAGAUUCUCCCUUCCCUUGGCAGACGUAUCCUUGAUGAAAACCUCAUUCUGAAAAAGAACCUAUCAUUUGGUGGUGAGUUUAGAUUCAUCACAGGGUACUGGGAAUGGGCCGAAGACAUUUUGAGCCUGAGUAAAAGUGUUUUGGAGGAGGGGCUUAUACAUGAUGCCGCUUAUGCUUCCUUGUUCACAUAUGAUCGGUGUACGAAUGCCAUGCAAGCCUUUUGUGAAGCGUGGUGUCCUGCGGUGAAUACAUUGCUUACGUCAAUCGGUGAAUUGACGAUUACUCUUUGGGACUUGCACGUUAUCGGGGGAUUGCCAAUCAUUGGGGACGCAUAUGAUGAGUCUAUUCUGAGCACCUUCGAUUUGUUAAAUGCGGACGCUGAUCGCCCUUUUCAACUUUGUAAAUAUCUAUUUCAUGCAUAUCAUCUUCUUUAUCCAAAGGAGGGAGACAAACGUGCUCUGCGUGUCCAUGUGUGGGUCAAAUUUUGGUUUAAGAAGGCUUCUAAGUACACUAUGCCUCCACAGAGAACAGAAAAGAAGAGAUCAUCUCGUGCUAAGGCAACUCAUAAUCCCAGCGGAGCAAUUCCAAAGUUUAGCGGGUGGUCGAAUUCUAUGAAGGUUCCGUUCCACGCACUAAAGACUCCAGCUGGAUAUGAGGAAGAGAUAAACCUAGCAGCAUUCUUAUCAUGUUGGCUUUGCGCCUUCGUAUUGCCCCAUGAAGGUCCGAGGGUCAUUCGUCCGGAAAUUUUUAAAGUUGCUUGUAUGAUGGCUUGUGGGAGGAAAGUAUGUCUUGCAGUUCCAGUACUUGCCAGUAUUUAUCAUGGGCUUAAUAAGAUCUCGCAAGCUCCGUCUCCCGAUCAAGUUAAAACAUGCUUUCCUGUUCACUAUGUUUACGGAUGGUUGGCAUCAUACUUUGAUACUCAUUUUGAGAAUGAUAUCCAGUCCACAACCCCAUUAAUGAUCGCUUACUCGGGAGAAAGUGGAGCGAGGUCUCUUGAGAAAAGAGGUGCGCGUAAGAGGAUUUUUCAAGGUGACGUAUCAGCAUGGUUAUGUUCCACGCAUAGGAGGAUCAAAGACUAUAAAUUCUUUGACGGGGAAAAUCCUUCAGAUGCUGAGUUACCACUUUUCAGAAGCCUUCGAUCAAACUACCUCAUAUUACGCUAUCAAAAUCAUUGUAUCUGUGAGCCAUACACUCCUCACCGAUUUAGUCGACAGUUUGGCUACUUUCAAGCUUACGCUCCCGGUUUGAUUGAAAAGCACGACCGUUGUGUUCCGCUUGCUAUUGGAUUUCGAUACUGGCAACAGUUUGAGCAUGGUAUAUCACGGGCUGAAGCGGUGUUUCCAACUCCUCCGACUAUCCCAGCGAAGUAUUAUUCCUUGGAGUACAAAGAAUGGUGGAACCAAGUUCAUGGUAGCUACCUCGAGAAUCGUGUGGGUGAUUUGAUCAAGAUUUGUGAUGCUGUAGUUGGCGAUGUGAUCGCCCCUUCGGAUCCCGUGACUCCAGUCUCCAAGAAAAAGAAAAAGGUACCCGAUACUGAAGCUAGGUCUUCGCCUCAGAAAAAGGUCAGGCUUGCAGCAUCUAGGGCUGAGGUUUUUAUCAAGGAUGCUGAGAAAGAAACACCUCCUGCCAACGCGAGUGAGAAUCAAGUUCUUGAGAAACAAAGUAAUGAUGAUAGGAAUUGGAAGCAUCUCCAGAGAAAACCUCAUCCUGGGCCACUGAAGAUUCAUCCAAUCCUUGAUGAUGCUAGUUCUUCAAAUCAAGUUUCUUCAUCUAGCUCAAGUGAAGGUGAAAUUGAUGAUCAUGACACCGUCGCGGGGUUGAUGGCGAAAGCUGCCCCAAGUAAUUGCAAAGAAGUUCCAACCAACGAGAUACCGACUGUAUCCGUUUUUCAAGCAGAGAACUACUUCUUUACUUUGUAUAAGCGGUUCGUCAUUGAAACUUGGGGCGGUAUUCAAAAGAAGUUAGAAAAGGCUACAACAGAGAACGUUUCUUCUCUUCGAGAGAAUGUUCAGAGUUGUAUUAUCCUGAUGGAGAAGGACAGUAUUGACCUUUCUAUGUUGAAGACAAGAGUGAAGAAUUUCUUUGAGAGAGCACAAGCAUUUGAUCAAAAGUGCUCGACUGUUGCUGACAGGGUCCCUAUGGAGAAGCAGUCUCGGGAAUUGGCUAUGUCGCAAGCUUUUUGUGAAGAUAUUGAAGCUAAAAGAUCUCAAAAUCAAGUUGCAUUACUUGAUGAUGAGAAAUCUCUUAAUGAAAUCAAGAAGAAGAUAGCCUUAUUGGAAGCUGAAGCCAAGGAAGUAGAAGUUUUGAUUUCUCAGCGUCGUGCAGAGGCUAGUGACUUGGAUGCAGCUCUUACGAAGGCUAAGGAGGAAUCUUCACGGAUUUUGAAGACUAUCGAAGCAUCAGACGAAGAUCAACUUGCUUUAAGUACCCAGAAGGAGCUAGAGGCUUUGAA